AUGGCUAAAAACGGUCGUAAGGAAGUGGACCAGCGUAGGGGUGAAGAAAAAAAAGAGUCACAAGUACGAGAUGAACAACAAGAAGCUUUAAGGGAAAAGGCCAUCAAAAAUAUGGCUAGGCGGCCAGACUAUGGAAAAUCCGGUCGUUCCACUCACGUGCUUACGAAUUAUUUCGAGAUAAAAAAGACGGCGAAUAAGUCAUAUCUUGAAAAAUACGAGAUCACGAUGAAGCUUGUGAUCCAACAGAGACCUGAGGGAGAAGCUAACCAAAGAAGACGUGCCCCAAGGCAGCAAAAACAACUUCCUGUAAAUGUGCAACGUGCGGUAUUUCAACAAUUAGAAAGACAGGAACGUAAUGGCUGGUUCAAAGGAGUUGGUGUGGUUUUCGAUGGUAACACGACUCUUUAUUCCACCGAUUUAUUAAAGUUAAAUAAUUCCGAUUCUGGGAAUACAUUGGUUAGUUUAAGUGAUGAUCAGGACUCCAGGGGAAACCCAAUGGAAUAUAAGGUUGAAGUUCAGAAACUUGACAAGGUUGACUUGGAUGAAUUGAAAAAAUGCCUUGAGGGUACAGAAAUGAAAUGGGAAUAUUUCGACUUAGCUGGCAUAAGAGGAUUAAAUGCUCUCAUUCAUCAUAUUCCAUCAAUGAAAUAUACUCAAUUUGGCGAAUCUACUUAUUUGCCUUCAACUCGUAAGCCGUUGGGAGGAGGUGUAGAACUAUGGAUGGGGUGGUUUGAAAGUGUAAGGCCUGGUCAAGAUAGUUAUUUCGUUAACGUCAAUACAACUUAUACCGUAUUUUAUGAACCUGGUAUACUUUCAAAUUUGAUUACAAAAUAUCUCAAUCUCCAAUCGGGUAUCAUUCCAGAUCGUUUUAACCAACAAGAAAACGAUAGAGUAACUGAGCUCAUACGUGGUUUACAAUUUAAAUCUAUUCAUCGUCCUCAAAUUGAAACCAGGUUUAAAAUCAAAAGGCUUUGUCCAAAAAAUGCCUAUGAUGUUAUAAUUGAUAUGCCAGAAUCUAGCGAGAAAAUUAAUAUUUAUACGUAUUUUCAACGUCGCUAUAAUAUUACUUUACGUUAUUUACACCUUGUUGAACUUGAAGGGCGUCGAAACGAUAAAGUUCCAAUAGAACUUUGCAAUGUUAUUGAGGGACAACGAUUUCCCGUUGCAAAAUUAACAAGUGCCCAAAGAGGAACAAUGAUUAAACAUACCGCUUUAUCACCUCAAGAAAAUGUAAAACGAAUUAAUGAAGGCAUUCAAAAUGUUUUACAGUUUGGAAAAGAUUUUAAAUUAAAUAGCUUUGGGAUGGUUGUUGAGGAACAAAUGGCGGUUAUUCCUGCUCGCGUCUUAAGAGCACCGCAAAUUUCAUAUCACUCCUCUUCCAGAGCGGGUGGAACUGUUAAACCUAGGGAAGGUGGCUGGAAUUUAAAAGACCGUAAAUUUGUACGAAGUGGAGAUACUCUUCGUUAUUGGGUUGUAGUCGCGUUUAUUGAUCAACGAAGAUUAACUCUUAGCAAAGCGAAGCAAUUUGUGAAAGAACUUGUCAUUACUAGUCGACAACAAGGAUUGGAUAUUGCGGAAGGCAACCCUAGAGUUAAUUAUAUCAGGCCUCACGGUGAUGCGCAAACUUACCAACGAAUGAUUGAGCAAGAGUAUGAAAAUGCUGAAACUCAUUUUCAAAAUGAUUUGCAGCUUAUGCUUUUUAUUCUUCCAGAUGAUGAUGAAAAGCGUUACAGAGCCAUAAAAUAUACUACCGAUACCAUUCUUGGUGUUCCUUCGCAAUGUGUUCAACUUGAGAAGGUGCAAAAAAAAAGUAAACAAUAUUGUGCAAAUGUAGCACUCAAAAUUAAUUUGAAGCUUGGAGGGACGAAUCAAUCUAUUGAGGAAACCGAAAUUCCCGAAUUAUCAAAAGGGCCGGUUAUGUUGCUUGGUGCAGAUGUUACUCACCCUACCGGUGGACGCGCCGGACCUUCGAGUAUACCUUCAAUCUGCGCAGUUGUUGGUUCUCUUGACCGUCAAGGUGGACGAUUCAUCUCCAAGCUUGAAAGUCAAAAAACAAGACAAGAAAAAAUCGAAAAUAUGGGUGGCAUGGUUAAAGAAAUUUUGAAAGAUUACCGUGCAAAGAAUAAUAUUUUACCUCAAGGAAUGAUCAUGUAUCGUGAUGGUGUAUCGGAAAGCCAAUUUGAGAUGGUUUUGACUCAUGAACUUGAAAAAAUCAAAGGCAAACGACAUCACACUCGAUUUUAUCCACAACAAGUCCGUGAUGCUGAUAGUGCUACCCGUUCAGUUUCCAUUGCACCAGCAGCUUAUUACGCACAUUUGGCAGCUAAACGAGCUCGAUUGCAUCUUGAACAACAGCCACGUGGAGAGCCCGAAUUUGUAUUAAAAGAAGUUAAAGAAAGUUUAGCCAAAG